AUGGGGAAGAUCACCUUCUACGAGGACCGGGGCUUCCAGGGCCGCUGCUACGAGUGCAGCAGCGACUGCCCUAACCUGCAGCCCUACUUCAGCCGCUGCAACUCCAUCCGGGUGGACAGCGGCUGCUGGAUGCUCUACGAGCGCCCCAACUACCAGGGCCACCAGUACUUCCUGCGGCGCGGCGACUACCCCGACUACCAGCAGUGGAUGGGCCUCAACGACUCCAUCCGUUCCUGCCGCCUCAUCCCCCCACACUCCGGCACUUACAGAAUGAGAAUCUAUGAGAGAGAUGACUUCAGAGGACAAAUGUCAGAGAUCACAGACGAUUGUCUCUCUCUUCAGGACCGCUUCCACCUCACUGAGAUCCACUCCCUCAACGUGCUGGAGGGCUCCUGGGUCCUUUACGAGCUGCCCAACUACAGGGGAAGGCAGUACCUCCUGAGGCCGGGGGAGUACAGGAGAUAUCUUGACUGGGGGGCGAUGAAUGCCAAAGCUGGUUCUUUAAGACGGGUGACAGAUUUUUACUAA